CCCCCGCCUUUGUCCGCUCCUCGCCCAAAGGGGAUGCGGGAAUCGAGUCUGUAGAAGACGACUUCCGGCUCUCUAUUGGAGGAAAGAGGCUUGCGGGCCGUUUCCCCGGCCCCACGUGAAGAUGCGGCCAGGAAGAGAACCAGCGACCCUUCAGCAUGCCAAGCUCAGCCACCAUCCUUAAAAAAAAGUUGCUUUUCCUCAUGGUUCUCAUCAAGGAAGGAUUCACGCAUAUUCCUGUAUUGUACCGGGUUGGACUGGAUGACCCUUAGGGUCCCUUCCAAUUCUAUGAGAGAUUUUCUUCUUGUGGGGUUUGCAAUAGGGGAAAUCUGCGCAUGUAAAGCAGGUGACAACCCUCCGCCCUCUGAUUUCGAGGUGGGCGGGGCUACCGUCCUUCGCCCCGCCCCCAUCCCAUAAUCCCACUCGCUCUCCGCUCUCUCCUCCUUCUCCUGCCUUUGCUCUGGAAACCUCCAUGUGCCCGACUGAGCAGGAGCAGCAGGAAUAGUAGCAGAUCAAAGCGGAUGGCUCCUCCAACAGACAGCGCCAUGGAGGCUGCAGCUCACCCGUCCCCGGCCAGCUGCCUCCGCUGGGACCUGACGGCCGCGCAGAUCCAGGACGCCACAGCCGAGCUGAUCGAGAAGACCAAGCGGGUGUACGACACAGUGGGUGCCCUGGCGCAGGGCGACAUCUCAUAUGAGAACACGCUGGGUGCCCUGGCUGCAGUGGAGGUGGAGUACACAGUUCAGCGGAACAUGCUAGACUUCCCACAACACGUGUCCCCCUGCAAGGAGGUUCGUGCGGCCAGCACUGAGGCCGACAAGAAGCUCUCCGAGUUUGACGUGGAGAUGAGCAUGCGGAGGGACGUCUACCAGCGCAUCAUCUGGCUGCAGGAGAAGCUGGAGAACACGUCUCUGAAGCCAGAAGCGAAGCGAUACCUUGAGCGCCUGAUUAAGCUGGGCAGGCGAAGUGGCCUCCAUCUCCCCGAGGAGACGCAGGAGAAAAUCAAAGAGAUCAAAAAAAGGCUGAGCGUCCUGUGCAUCGACUUCAACAAGAACCUCAACGAGGACACGACCGUCCUGCCCUUCUCCCGGGAAGAGCUGGGGGGUCUCCCUGAGGACUUCCUGAGCUCCCUGGAGAAGACAGAGGAUGGGAAACUGAAGGUGACCCUGAAAUACCCCCACUAUUUCCCCCUGAUGAAGAAGUGCCACGUUCCAGAGACGCGGAGGCGGGUGGAGAAGCAGUUCAAUUCCCGCUGCAAGGAGGAGAACUGCCUCAUCCUGAAGGAACUGGUGGUCCUGCGGGCGAAGAAGGCGGCUCUGCUGGGAUUCGAGACCCACGCCGACUUUGUCCUGGAGAUGAACAUGGCCAAGGACUGCCAGACGGUGGCCUCUUUCCUGGAUGAGCUGGCGGCCAAGCUGCGCGUGCUGGGCGAGCAGGAGCGGGCCCUGCUCCUGUCCCUGAAGCGCCAGGAGUGUGAGCAGCGCGGCCUGCCCUUUGACGGGCACCUCCACGCCUGGGACCUGCGCUUCUACAUGAACCGGGUGCAAGAGACACUUUACCAGGUGGACCAGAACCUGCUCAAGGAGUUCUUCCCCAUGGAGGUGGUGACGGCCGGCCUGCUGGGCAUCUACCAGGAGCUGCUGGGGCUCACCUUCCGCCUGGAGGAGGGAGCCCCCGCCUGGCACCCCGACGUCCAGCUCUACACCGUGCAGGACGCCCACUCCGGCCAGGCCGUCGGGAAGUUCUACCUGGACCUCUACCCAAGGGAGGGGAAGUAUGGCCACGCAGCCUGCUUUGGUCUGCAGCCCGGCUGCCUUCUCCCCAACGGCAGCCGCCAGAUCUCAGUGGCAGCCAUGGUGGCCAACUUCACGAAGCCCACGCAGGACGCGCCAUCGUUGCUGCAGCACGACGAGGUGGAGACCUACUUUCACGAGUUUGGGCACGUCAUGCACCAGCUCUGCUCGCAGGCAGACUUUGCCAUGUUCAGUGGGACCCACGUGGAGAGGGACUUUGUAGAGGCUCCGUCGCAGAUGCUGGAGAACUGGGUGUGGGAGAAGGAGCCCCUCCGGCGGAUGUCCACACACUACAAGAACGGCGUGCCCAUCCCAGACCAGCUGCUGGAGAAGCUCAUCAAGUCCCGACAAGCCAACACAGGUAGGACUCUUCAACUGCGGCAGAUCGUCCUGGCCAAGGUUGACCAGGCUUUGCACACACAGACAGACGCCGACCCUGUGGAGGAGUACGCCACGCAGUGUGACAAGAUUGGGUGUCCCUGCACCCCAGGUACGAACAUGCCGGCGACGUUUGGCCACCUGGCAGGGGGCUACGAUGCCCAGUACUACGGCUACCUCUGGAGUGAAGUCUACUCCAUGGACAUGUUCUACACUCGCUUCAAGAAAGAAGGCGUCAUGAACCACAAGGUGGGCAUGGACUACCGCAACUGCAUCCUGCGUCCCGGCGGAUCCCUCGAUGCCUCCGACAUGCUGCUCCACUUCCUUGGCCGGAAUCCCAAGCAGGAUGCUUUCCUGGCCAGCAAGGGUCUUGCCGCCGACCCCACCAGCCUCCCCUCGUCCUGCUGAGACCUCCCCCUGCCCACUUCCCCGCUGGGGGGGGGCACUUGCAAGUCCUGCCUGGCGGCCUGCUUGUAGAAAUAGCCUUGGGAGUGGGGGGUGGGUGGGUUUCGUCCGCCUUGCCUCCCACCCGGAGUUCUGGAAGGAAGGGGCCUCUCGGCUUCCUGAUUCCCUCCUUGGCCCACCCCCAGAGCCCCAACAAACAAAAUUUCUCUAAACCCACCUGGCUCCUUUGCUUCCCCCCUCCCCCCCCAAGGAAAAUAUAGUUUGCAAGGAAAAGGAUUGUGCUUUUAAUGGUUGGUUUUGGAGCUCUGAUUCUUUCCUGCCCUUGGCUGGAGUUUGCAGCCGUUUGCAAUCAGGCUCCGGGUUUCCUGCCGCUUGCAAGUGGGUCCCUGGCCUAGAUUAGUUAGAUCCAGGGGCCUUGCAGAAGUGUAAAGCACCCAGCAGAGUCACCCAAGGCUGCCCUGCCCUGUGCCUUCUGGCAGGAUCUGGCAAGAUCUCCCCAGAAGAGGAAGACCACUGCUGCAGCCCCUUCUCCUCGAUUUUCCUGCAGGGGACAUUCCCUUGGGUUUGCUGCCUCCUGAGGGCUCCAGCCGCGGCGCACAGCGUCUAAUGGAAGGCUGCAAGCAAUACUGCAGCGGGGGGGGGGGGUUCCUCUUUCCUUCCCUCCAUUUCUCUGAUUUCCAUGGGGCUACAAUUAUUCCUAUUCUUGCUUCGACACCCUUUGGAAUCGAUCUUAAGCCCCAAAUCUUAGCUCUGCGUAUCAAUUUUAACGGUGCGGGUUUGAUGCACUUUGCACAACAGAUCUGAGUGCAUUUGGGGCUGUUCUCAAUGCUGGGUAUUUUUUGGGGGGGGCAGGUAGCAAAUCCCAGUUGACGUUCCCCCGUGGGGUUUUAUGCAGCACAAAACGACCCCUCUUCUCCAAAGGAGGGCAAUCAUCGCCUCUCAGGAAGCGGCCGUCUCUCAAAUCAAAAGACUCUUCCGAUUUUUAAGGCGGGAGGGAAGCCAUCGCGGCGCAGAGAUCUGGUCUCGACUGAGAUCCUGAAGGGGAACCCCCCCCCAAUCUCUGCCUUGGCCCACUCCAUGCAGCAGCUGUCGGGGCCGCCCCCUGUUUUCAUAUCCGUCUAAAGUGGAUUACGGAUUGAGUUCUCUCCCGGCAGAAGCAAAAAGGUCCUGCAGACACAGCUCCUCUUCUUAGCAGCAGCAGCUGGGGCUGAGGUUGGACGGCCAAUAAAGGGUUUUGAAAUUUU